GCAGAGGUUCACUCGGCUAGCGCCGCGCCUCUUUCCCGGCCUGUCUCUCCUCUCCCUGGCUGCCCCUCCCUCCUUCUACUUCCUGUCUCCAGCGGAAGCGAGGGGCGGGAUUUCCCUUUCCGGCAAAUGGCUGCUAAAAUUGGUGAGAUACCUCACUUGAAUAAUUCCACACCGCUUGUGGACCCUUCAGUGUACGGUUACGGAGUAAAACGGCCCCUGGAUGAUGGAAGUCUUCGGGUAAAUUGGCUCCAUGGAGCACAGUUAAGAGAGACCCAGAGAAUAGGUAACCAGUUAGGGGCCCUGGUACAUCAAAGGGUAAUAACCGAAGAAUUCAAAGUGCCUGAUAAAAUGGUUGGAUUCAUUAUCGGCCGGGGUGGUGAGCAGAUUUCUCGGAUUCAGGCAGAGUCAGGCUGCAAAAUUCAGAUUGCGCCAGACAGCGGCGGAAUGCCAGAGAGACCCUGCGUGCUGACUGGAACGCCAGAGAGCAUUGAACAAGCAAAGCGGCUACUGGGGCAGAUUGUGGACCGCUGUCGGAAUGGGCCUGGGUUCCACAACGACGUGGACGGCAACAGCACAAUCCAAGAGAUCCUCAUUCCGGCGUCCAAAGUGGGCCUCGUCAUUGGCAAAGGUGGAGAAACCAUCAAGCAGCUACAGGAACGAACAGGCGUGAAAAUGAUUAUGAUCCAAGAUGGCCCUUUGCCGACUGGAGCGGAUAAACCUCUCCGGAUUACCGGCGAUGCUUUUAAAGUACAGCAAGCACGAGAGAUGGUACUGGAGAUCAUUCGAGAGAAAGACCAGGCGGACUUCAGAGGCGUACGCAACGACUUUACUUCCAGAAUGGGUGGAGGCAGCAUAGAGGUCUCGGUGCCUAGGUUUGCAGUGGGAAUCGUAAUAGGAAGAAAUGGAGAGAUGAUAAAGAAGAUCCAGAAUGAUGCUGGUGUUAGGAUUCAAUUUAAACCAGAUGAUGGGAUUAGUCCGGAAAGAGUCGCACAGGUCAUGGGCCUUCCGGAUCGGUGUCAGCACGCAGCUCACAUAAUCAACGAACUCAUUAUCACUGCACAGGAGCGUGAUGGUUUUGGAAGCCUCACUGUGGCUCGGGGAAGAGGGCGCAGCCGCGGAGACUGGAGUGUUGGGACCCCUGGAGGCAUGCAUGAAAUCACCUACACAGUGCCAGCUGACAAAUGCGGCCUGGUCAUAGGCAAAGGGGGAGAGAAUAUCAAGAGCAUAAACCAACAUUCUGGAGCCCAUGUAGAGCUCCAGAGAAACCCGCCUCCCAACACCGACCCUAAUGUACGGAUAUUCACCAUUCGGGGCAUCUCCCAGCAGAUUGAGCUUGCGAGACAUCUCAUAGAUGAGAAAGUUGGUGGUACUGGUCUGGGUGGUCCUGGAGGUUUUGGCCAGAGCCCCUUCAAUCAGGCACCUGCUACACCUCACCAAAACGGUCCUCAGGCGUUCAUGACGCAGGGUUGGGGUGGCACCUAUCCGACGUGGCAGCAGCCUGGGCAGCAGGUUCCAAGUCAACAGAGCCAACAGCAGAACAGCCAACCAGACUACAGCAAGGCGUGGGAGGACUAUUACAAGAAACAGAGUCACGCUGCCACUGCUGUGUCUCAAGCCAGCUCCCAGCCUGACUACACGAUGGCCUGGGCAGAGUAUUACAGACAGCAGGCUGCUUAUUAUGGGCAGACAUUAGGGCAAGGCCAGGCCCACAACCAGGAGCAGUAGAACAACAUCCUUGGCUCUUUGUUUGUUAUUUUCCCCUCCCUGCCCCCCCCCCUUUCUCUCUCUUGCUCUCUCGGAAUCAUUGUGGAAACAAACCUUUUUGUAACAGAGGGUUUCUAGAUUUGCACCAUUUUGAUGAAGAAAUCUUGCUUUGGUUUUUUUGGUGAAACACUAGUUGUUAGGAUAAUCUACACUGAACUUUUUUCUAAGAAUCAGGAACAAUUAGUAAUGUACUUAACUUUAUGGACUUUGCUGGGUAAUCUGUUUGGGGGAAAAUGUUAAUUAUUUUGGGGAGGCUUUUUUGUUUGUUUUCCAAAUUUAUAAGGAAAAGAAGAGAGAGAGUAAGAAAAUAAGUGAAACUCCAGGGUCCUUUUUUGGGGUUGGGGGGAGAAGCCAGAGAAUAACCAUCAUCAAAUCUUACCCCAGAGCUGUGACAUUUCAACAAGUGUUUUUAGUCCCCGUCCCCCCACCUCUUAUUGUGUGUAUUCCACCCCCCUUUCUUCCACCUUGUUUAAAUCUUUUCUGUUGUAACAAAAAAAGGCUUGGAAGUCUUAGGUGAUAUGUAACAAAUUAAAAAAAAGAAAGAAAUUUUUGAAAAACAGUAUUUAAAUAUUCUUAAAUAUGUAAAUUCAUUAAAUAUAUGACUUCUAAUUUCUUGUAUCUUGGCUCUUUUUUAUUUUAUUGCAUUUUUAAGAAAAGAAAGAAAAGAAACUGAACUAUGGUAUGUUAUUGUAAUUAAUUGUGUGAAUUCUUUUAUCAAGACAGUUACUGUUUGCUGUCAGGCUGGUUAUCAAGGGGGGAAUUUUUGUAGGGGGGGCUGUAUAAUUUUUAGAGAUCUAAAGGGGUAAUAUAAAAAGAUGUGUUUAAUUUUUUUUAGCAAUUUUAUUCUGCUUUCCAUGUUCUCCAUUUUCUGGUUGCAUCUGCGUAUCUAAGACCUCCAAGCUUUGUCUAAAACAAAAAACACACAAAAACAAAAUACUUUUUGUCUAUUUCAGAAAUAAAUACUCUUAUUUUUAAUAUUAAGAUAAAACUGCUAUUAUUAGUACUUUUAACAAACACUGUGGAACAUUAAGUCAUAUAAAAUAGUAGUAACUAUUUUUUAAUUCCAGGGUGUGUGUGUGUGUUUGCUUUUCCCCACCCCUCAAUUUUUUUUGUUUGUUUAUAAGUAUUUUCUUAUCUUAAUAUUUGUCGAAAUUUUACCUAGAGAAAUAAUAAAAAAAUAAAUCUAGUAUUAACCCCAGGUAUGCCGCUGAAUACUUUUUUGAUUUAAUAAAAGGGAUAUUAUGGUUUCCAAUGUUUACUUGUAGUGUUUUCUUGUACAGAUAACAGUGUAUUUUUAAAGGAGAAAAAAAUAAUAAUAAUGGGAAGUAAAGCUAUUUUUUCUUGACAUUUUUAAUUGACCUGCGGGACAUUCCGUUUUGAACUGUACUGAAGUUAUUGUUCUAGGAUCCUUCCCCCUCCCUGAUUUCUUUAUAAUGCUUGAAAUGUCUAACUAUAGGUAAAUGCAAUUGGAUAAUAUUGAGCAUGAUGUGUUUUAAACAAAUGAAAAAUUGUUCUUUUUAUUUGACUGACAGUUGCAUUUUACACUCUCUCUAUAAUAAAGCAAAUCCACAAGGAAACUUGUGGGUUAAGUAUUAAAAGUC